AUGAUAAUUGAUAUAAGGGAAGUACAAGAUAUCAAUUCUUUUUACAAAGUGGAAUCUUUAAAAGGGGUCUAUGGAAUUAUAUGGGUGCUUGUCCCUAUUUUGACUCCUGUAUUAGGAAUCACAAUAGGCGUACUAGUAAUUGUAUGGUUAGAAAGAGAAAUAUCCGCAGGGCUACAACAACGUAUUGGACCCGAAUAUUUCGGUCCCUUAGGAGUUCUUCAAGCUCUAGCAGAUGGGACAAAAUUACUUUUCAAAGAAAAUCUUCUUCCAUCUAGAGGAGAUACUCAGUUAUUUAGUAUCGGACCAUCCAUAGCAAUUAUAGCAAUUCUACUAAGUUAUUCAGUAAUUCCUUUUGACUAUCACCUUGUUUUAGCCGAUCUCAAUUUUGGGGUUUUUUUGUGGAUUGCGGUUUCAAGUAUUGCUCCCAUUGGACUUCUUAUCUCAAGAUAUGGCUCAAACAAUAAAUAUUCUUUUUUAGGUGGUCUACGAGUUGCUGCUCAAUCGAUUAGUUAUGAAAUACCAUUAACUCUAUGUGUAUUAGCAAUAUCUCUAUUAUCUAAUAGUUUAAGUACAGUUGAUAUUGUUGAGGCUCAAUCAAAAUAUGGUUUUUGGGGUUGGAAUUUGUGGCGUCAACCUAUAGGGUUUAUCAUUUUUCUAAUCUCUUCCCUAGCAGAAUGUGAGAGAUUACCUUUUGAUUUACCGGAAGCAGAAGAAGAAUUAGUAGCAGGUAAUCAAACCGAAUAUUCGGGUAUCAAAUUUGGUUUAUUUUAUGUUGCUUCCUAUCUAAACCUAUUAAUUUCUUCAUUAUUUGUAACAAUUUUGUACUUGGGUGGUUGGAAUAUCUCUAUUCCAUACAUAUUCGUUGCUGAGCUUUUUGAAAUAAAUAAAGCACAUGAGGUCUUUGGAAUGACAAUUGGUAUCUUUAUUACAUUAGCCAAAACUUAUUUGUUCCUGUUCAUUCCUAUCACAACAAGAUGGACUUUACCUAGGCUAAGAAUGGACCAACUAUUAAAUCUGAGAUGGAAAUUUCUUUUACCUAUUUCUCUCGGCAAUCUAUUAUUAACAACCUCUUUCCAACUCAGUUCACUGUAA